AUGUGGAUCGUUGUCAACAACUUCAGUGUGGUUGUACGAUAGUGAUUGCGCGUAGUGUUAUUGUUUUGUGGAAAAAAUUGUGAAACUUAACUAAAUCCUACAAAAUCAGUGUGAAAUUUUGGUUCAGUUUUUAUCUCUCUUCAUCUAUCUUUAUUUUUUUUGUGGAACAUGUUACCUUUGAGCGAGGUAAAAUUAAAUGCAAUGAGCCUACGGCUCCUUCAAGCUGGCUGUGACUACAAGUACACGCUGUGAAAUAAUUCGUAUCGUUGUUUGCGUAUUGGCCACAGCGACGAGAAGGCGCCACGUGUGGGCCUGCGUACAACCGGGGGCGGGCGCUUCGCGCCGCCCCACAACUGCAUAUAUUCUCACCUGGUUCCAAUCCCGGGACUACUAGGUAUGAUAUAGACUACUAUUUGGACUUACGCCUCAAUGCCCAAGACGACCGCGACGACGAAGAGGAAGACGACUACCUCGAUGUCUUUUCUCCGCGCUCGUACUGGGUAGACAGCUUUGGCAAAGUCUACAUGAUGAACUCCACCGAUGAUGAACCGUUGUCUGGCUUAAAUGGAAGACUCAGACCACGCCGAAGCACCAACAGUCCUUUGGCCAAACACGUGAAUAGAAUAGAAGGAAAGACCAUUCAAGACAAACCCAAAAGAAACAGCAACCUACCAAAAGUCUGUUACAAGACCGACGAUGGUCUAAAUAAAUCUGAUAGCAAUUCAACUCCGCAGUUUCUGUGUCCCUAUUGUGAUAGAAAAUUCGCUUCGAAACAAACUGUAUCAAAGCAUGCUCGGCGCAUGCACUUAUCUACUUCCAGACAAGACUCUUUCAUUGCCUGUCUUUACUGUAAUCAUACGGAGGCUGAAGGUAAUGAUAUUAUUCGUCAUAUGGUGGAUAGUCAUCCUAAUCAAUACUUUGCCUGUCUUGAUUGUCAUGCACGUUUUCCUACGACUUCGGACUUGGCUGAACAUAAACUGACGGUUUGUGAGAAACAAAAACCAUACCGCAGUAAAUUGCGCCAGAAGACCGGGUCGCAGAAGGAAGACAAUAAUAUCAAAGAUGACUUUCGGAACGACAAAGAUUACUCAGAUGGAUUUAAUGGAAUUGUAAUAUCUUGUGAACUGAAGCCCUCUCACGUACACGAUGAAGCAGACAUUGAAGAUAAUAUAACAACGAAUUUGAUUUUACCGCCCAGCAAGAAUUUAGGUAACAACGCAAUUAUAGAGAAGAACGCUGUUAUCGUUCUGGAUGAUAUACAGUGGAACAAAAGAAUUCCUGCCAAUUUUUCUUUUCACAACACUGACGCUGAUCAGAUACUUUCAAGAUUAGGCGUCGUUCAUCGUUCUCCAAGAACUGGCGAAUCGACCAAAAAGGAUUGGAUUAAAUCAACUGACGACAAUACACAAAAAUUUGAAAAAUGCUUUGAUACAAGUUUCUACUCAAAAGUAGCCAGUAAUGUUCAAGAAAACCUAACCAAAUGCCUUGACGGCUCCUUUAAUUUUAAUCCGGAUUUAGAAAAUACUAUCAAGACAAGAAAGGCAAAAAACAGUGUUGUUAUUAACACAGCAGAAGGCUUUCCAAUACUCUUGGCAUUUGAACAAUACUCCCGGAAUAUUUUUGAUAGCUACUUACCUCGUAGCAUUGCACCUAAACAUAAAUGGAAGUGGGACAAUUUAGAAAAUGACAGAUGUGUUAUUAAUCCUGAUCAACUAAAGCGAGACUCCCAUACUAAUAAUUGUAUUAUAACUUUGGUAUCUAGUUUGGAUAUAUGGACUCAGCUGUGUAUGCGCAAGAAAUAUGAAGACAAGUUUAAUAUUUCGCACUUAGAAAAGAAGACUGACAAACAGCAUGCUAUCGAUAAAGAAUUAAAAGAAAUCCUGGAAAGUAGGGAGUUACCGACGUCAUCGUCGCAGUUAGUAAAAUACACGCAGAACUCUCCCCCUAACAGGGACGGAUUAGACAUACCGACUUAUUUGGGAUUAGCGCCGUCGGGACCAAAAUACGACUUACCACCUGCUGUGCUAAGCGGAGAGUGGGUAAGACCCAGAUGCUAUGUUUGCUGCGCAUGUGGUGCUCAAACACGAGAUUCUAGAGCACUGUCUACUCAUAUCUCUAUUCAACAUCCUAAUGCUCAAGUUCAACAUUACGAAAUAGUUGGUGAGCCUCUUCUAAAUGCCGAUAUUCUGCACCAUUUGUACGUACCACCGAGUCAAAUGAGUAACAGAACGAGGCCUCUCCGUGGAAUCCGAGACUGCACGAAGUGUAAAAAGUCUGUUUCUUUAGAGGAAUUGCAUCAACAUAUGUUGGACUGCGCAGGCGAUACACCAGCAGUUCGCAGAAAGUGUCGAUAUCGACCAUUUGGUGUACGUAGACGUCGUCCACGUCUACCAGAUAACCUAAUUCGCCGAAAAAUUCGUAAAGAUAUGCGAAACAGACACAAGCAAAAGAACCUGAUGCGGCCCCGACAGAAGAUUCGCAGUGAAGUCGGCGAUGCCGAAACCAUUCGCAAGAUGAUUGCGGAUUUACCUGCUAAACGACACCGGGUGAUGCUUAACCCUAUGAAUCCUAAUUUGCGACCGCGUCGAAAACUUGAUAAACGAGGCAAAUUAAUUUUGAAGCAUCGUGCUGCUAAUGAUGAGACCAAAAGCAGGAAGCUGCGUACUGUAAAAGAUUUAAAUAUUACUUCGAACUCUGCGAAUACUGAACCAACAAAUAAAGAGGAUCAAGACCAGAGCGUUCCUAAUAAUGAUGACGAAGACAAUAAGCCGCUUAAACCUAGAAAGCGUGCUACUGAUAAAAAUAGCCGUCACAACGAUAAUAUAAAUCGCAAAGCUGCUAUAAAUAGAGCAAGAAGAAAACUUCAAAACUCGAAUGAUAACAAUAUUGAACUUCCGGAACACAACAAUGCUGGAACAAACAACAACUCUCCCACUGACCAGCUGCCAAGAAACAAUGAGCCGCCCGACCGAAUUGACAUAAAUAGUAAUCAGUCCGGCGGUAGGCAACAUAGUGGUAGAGGAGGCCACUUCAAUCGAGGAAAUGAGGGAACCCCACCAGGGAGAGGAAGAGGAGCAAAUAAUCGGCGAAAUGAUGACAUGAGAAAUAACGGGCCGCCAGCGCAAAACACACCGUUAAAGCACUCCAUAGCUCGUCUGACGGCAGACUGUGUAACGUACGACAAAACAGUACAGUAUCACCAUAUGUAUUUAGUACCGCAAGAAUGUAACAAUACCAGGCGACAUGUACCGACGGGACAGCAGGAAUUAUUUGAAAAUGAAGCAUCUGAUUCAAGAUUAGAUAAACCACCUUUACCUUAUUACCAAAAAGUUCCUAUAGACCCUUACGCAAAUCAAAAGAAUAAGUGUAAUAAGCCGCGUAAAGGUCUGAACGAUUGCAUUGCGAUGCUAAAAAAUAAACUUGUAGAACCUAAUUCAUUAGAUAAUAUAACAGAUACUUGUGAUGAAAGUAUACCGUCAUCUGAUCCGAAUGAUAGCCAGAAUUCUGACACAGCCAUGAAUCCGGCUAUGCUUCAGCCUGAAAAUGCAAUUUUAAACACGAGUACUGCUAGCAGUGUGAUUGAAAACCCUGUUGUUAAUCUGUUAGUUAGUCCAACUGAACAUCUUAGUGGACAGUUGUCUGUCACUUGUGGUAGUGAUAUGAUAAUGAAUCCAGGCCAUCGGUUUUAUCUUCAAAGACCACCUAUUGAUCAUAAAAUAGACCCGAAACCGGCCGAAGUAUUUUCUCGUUCAGUAUUACCGCAUGACAGAGAAAUUGAAAUUCAGUAUCAAAAUACAAUUUCCCAGCAAUUCGCUCUGGAGCAACUAACUCAUGGUCUUGGUUCGAGGAAAGAAAAACGAGGAAUUAAAGAAAAAAAUAAUGAAACUGUGAGACAAAAGAAGCUGGCUAACAAGAGUCAAGCAGGCAAUAAACAACAAGAAGCUGCAAUUAAGCGUAAAUCCAAUCGCUUGAGAUCAAAUGCUCGACGUGAUUCGCAGCAAAAACUAUUUGGCCUUCCACCUCAAAUUGAGAUUAUUCCACAAAACACUGGUGCAGUUACCAUUAAUUCUCUACAUCCAAUACAUUCUAACCAUAACCAAUAUUCAAAAGUCAUGAUUAGUCCAUCAAGUGACGGUCAUAAUAAUAAGAAUAAACAAACAAUUCAUUUACAAAAUGAAAUUCUACAAGCCCAAUCGUCUGAAGCUCAUCGAGACUCGAAGUCACCUCGUAGAGCUGAGUAUCACCAUAAGUAUGAAAUGUCUGGAGGUCGACUUAUCGAGAACAAAACUUACCAACAAAAUGUUGGAAUCGAACAUAGAGCUUUAAUUGAACCGAGACAAGUAUCUUUACCUGAUCAUCGAUCAGUAGCUGAACAACGAAUUUUUGCCGAGAGGACCUUAACAGAGCAUAUGAUUCGCUCUGAACAAGAUUUACUAACUGAGAUAAGAACACACCCUGAGCGAUCUGAUCAGCGACUUUAUCCGGACCCAAGGGCAUUAUCGGAAUAUAGAACUAUAUCGGAUCCUAGACCGUGCGGACCUGAAUCUCUUUCUCUAGCCGAGCAGAUAUCUAUUCUUGAACAAAGAAGUUUCAAUGAAUCAAGGCCAUUCCCAGAUCAAAGGAUUUAUCCUGAACAGCCGUAUCCAGAACAUAGGACCUAUCCAGAUCAAAGGUUUUCUGAUUUGCGAGCAUCUUAUGAACAGAGACCAUACUCGGAGUUAAGGCCACACGCAGAACACAGUACAUUUGCCGAACAGAGGACACGUCCUGAGCAACGGAACUAUACGGACCAAAUUCCUUAUCAAGAGCAGAUGCCGUACACUGAUUUAAGAUUAUUACCUGAUCAGAGGCAACAAUUCGAACACAGAACACUUUCAGAGCAGAUGGGUUAUGCUGAACAGUCGGCCUAUGCAGACCAGAGAACUUAUUCGGAAUCAAGGGCAUACACUAAGCAAAGAAUAUAUCCAGAGCAGCGUGCUUACCCCGAACAUAGGACGUAUCAAGAACAAAGGACAUACCCAGAAACCAUGACUUGUCCAGAACCCGGAGUAUAUUCGGAGCAGAGGCAAUUUCCUGAGCAACGAAUAUAUGCUGAACAAAGAUCGCUCUCAGAACAAAUGUCAUAUACUGAGCAGCGGUUAUUAGCUGAAAAGAAUUCAGAUCAGCAUGUCCUACACGAUCAGAUGUUGCCUCCAGAGCAGAGACCUAUAACUUCUCGGAGGUCUUCUAAAGAAAAAAGAUCGGUGUCUGAACGAAGAGCGUCAAAUGAACAUUGGACUUCAUACGAACAAAGACCACACAAUGAUAAAUCUACUGCAUCAGAACACACAACUUAUCAAGAAAAUAGAACGUGUGAUCUGAGGUCCAUAACAGAGCAGACAGAAGCCUUAGAAAAAAGAAUAGCAAAUGAACAUAGAGUUCUAAAUGAGCAAAGGUCCUCAGUUGACCGAUGUAUGACUGAUGAGCGGAGAUCAUCUAUCGAACAGAGACACUCCAGUGAACGCAGGCUUUCCAGCGAACGCAGGAUAUCGGGUGACAGAAGAAUUUCUUGCGAACGCAGGUUAUCCAACGAACAGAGGCUUUCAAGCGAACGAAGGAUGUCUCACGAACUACGCCUUUCGUGUGAAAGAAGAAUGUCAAAUGAACUGAGAAAUUCUAGCGAUCGAAGGAUGUCGAGUGAAUUGCAACAUUCUAGCGAACGGAAGCUGUCGAGUGAUCUGAGGAAUUCUAUAGAGCGAAGGCAUUCCAAUGAACUAACUACCACAAUCGAGCAAGGUUCUUGCAACGAGCAGCUUGAUUCCAAUAAUCAAAUACCUUUUAUUGAUCAAAGAUCAUUAAUGGAACAAAGGUCUUACAGAGAGCAACUGGCAUCAAACGAAGAAAGCCUUCAUCAUCAACAGUGGCAAACAGUAGAGCGCAUAUCAAUUGAUCAAAAAGCAAGAAAUGAUAAUGCAGACGCAGAUUUCACUGGACAAUUAGUUCAACAUAACCUUAACAACGAGAAAGCUUUAGAAGAUCAAUUAUUACUCGAAAGACGAAGAUUAUCGGAACAUAGAUUAACAUCUGAACAAAAUUGUCAUAUUGUGCAACAGGAUUUGUUAAAUGAUGGUAAAGAAUUACGUGACGAGUUAUUGAUAGAACAAAAAGCAUUUAAUGAUCAACAGCAAUCUGAAAUGUAUAUGAAUCCUGGCAUCGAUGAUCAUGUCCAAAGUGACGUUUACCAUGAGAGUUCUUCUACUUCAAACUUAAUUGAAGGUCAUCCUAAUCGUAAUCUAGCCCAUAAAAUAACGCAGGAAGAUUACAUCGAAAAUGAGUACCAUGAAAUACCUCCUGCGCAUGCGAGUACAACAGUAGAAUCCAUAUUAUCUGCUCCUUUGGAUUUAUCUGGCAAGUCAUUGCCAAUGGAAUGUUCAGAAGACUUAUCGAAACACGACAGCUCUAUUAUAAUUAACAGCUAUGAUAUGUAUGAAACUUUAGACUUAUCAAAUAAAACUACUGACAAAAGAAUUUAUGAUGAUAACAUCGAAUCGGACAAUUUGGUUGUAGAUUUGCGUAUUAAACCUUCUGGUCCGUCAAGUUAUCACUCAAAUAGCAUCGAUCUAAGUGCAAGACCAGCUACCACGGAUGAGUAUGACAACGUAACAGACUUGUCAAUGAAGAAUCCUGAAAGGGAUUUCAUUCCAACUGACUUGUCCGUAAGGGGAAUACUAAGAAAUGAACCUAAUAUAAUGUCCGAUCAUGCCGAGGGAUUUUCUAUUCAGGAUCUAUCUAAACGAACUAGUCCAGAAGAAGUGCCGGAAGAGGCUGCGACAGCAAUGGAAACGAUUUCUGAUUUACCAACUGACUUGUCUGGAAAAACAACUUCAAAUUCAGUAGAUAUUGAUGGCCCUGAAGUUAAAGACAUUGAUAUUAGCAUGUCUAUUGAUUUAACCAUGGAUGACGAUAAGCCGACUACUAAUUCUAACACGGAAGACGAUAAGAUGAGCCACGAUAGAACAGGAGACGUUAAAACAAAGUUUGUCGAGCAUGAUCUGGAUUCUAGUGUAAAUAUCAUAAAAAAAGACAUCGAGUCGAAGAAGGUUUAUGAAGUAGAUGUUAAUGCACCGCAGACCAAAUUGAAUUAUUCGGAACCACAUUUGAAAACGCCGGAAAAGUCUUCAGUAAAUACCGCUUUGCAUACAUCAAACAUUGCUAAUACCUCAAGUUACCAGUUUGAUGCAGUAACAGCUAAAUCGCGAAAUUUAUUACCUAGUACGUCUUUUGUAGGCUCAUCAAUUAAUUCCCGGACCAAUCUUAAGAGACCCAUUCAUGCGACUACUUCAGCCUUAAAUGUCAACCCUGUCGUUCAUUCUUUGCCUGUUUAUACAUUACCAAAUCCUGUGAUGUCUACAACUUUAAACAAACAUGAGAGUACUGUACCAGUAUAUACAUUAGCAAAUGCUUGCAUUUCAGUCACUAAAAUAGAUGAGACGAAUUCGCCAACAAUAACAAAUACUUUUCUUAGUGUUGCAAGUACAACUAUUGCAAAUACAACAUCAGUUUAUACUCUAACCGGUACUACUGUAGGCGCCCCGUUCAAUUACGGAGGUAUAUCCAAUAGCGGGUUACAUUCUCAAGUUGCACAAUUUGUUGCGCCUAAUGAUGUCGCUUUACCAAUGGAAAAGAACCACAAUAACCAGACUGACCCCCAGAACAAUAUACCGCAUACUGAAACAUCUAUAACUGAAGAACAAGAUCCUGAAACAGCCAAAAAAAUUGCAAUGUUGCCUAAGGAACUUGUAGAAAUUUUGGGUACAAUGCCUGCUGAUCAUAGAAACCAACUAUUAAACAUAUUACCUCAAUAUGUCUCUAAGUCCACUGCUGGAACCAAAACAAAUUGUGAAGAAAAAAAAUCUAGUAAUACAAGGACGACAAACUCUAAUGAACCUCAGGCUUCCACAUCGAAACACGUGGUGUCAGCUUUAGAAAAUGAAAAUCUAAACAUUUAUGGUGUGACACAGAACAGCCAUUUUUUAAAAAAUAACCUUCCAUGUGCUUCUCAGUUCCUCAGAUCAUAUAACGUGGAUGAAAGGCGUGGAGCUAUGUCGUCUUAUAUUUUACAACCUCCGCCACCUCCUCCGCCACUGCCACAGGCGAACUUUAAUCUGCUGCCUCCACCGCCUCCACCACCAAUAGUUUAUGGAGCUCCUCCGCCUCCACCACCUUCAGAGGCAUGCAAUUCCCAACCGCCUCCACUUAUAACACAAAAAGCAGAGCCACUGGAGUGUCCAUCUCCGCCUCCUCUGCCUCCCUUACCACCCAAUUCACCACCACCACUGUUUGAGCAGUUACCUGCUGUUAUAAAGGUGGACGGUCCUGCGGAAGAUGUUAAGCCUCCUAUAUUGGUGUACACUAAGAAAGAGGAACAAGAUUCAGAUGUCAAUGAUAGGGUAGACGAAUAUAUGUCUGACUCAGUAGAAAGUCUCCAAACAAAUAAUAAUCGAGAUCAAAAAAAUGAACCUGAAAGUAUGGUCAUAGAUUUAACUGAGGAUGAAACUCCAAAUAUAAAUAGUGAUUUGUUAAAAAUUGCUGAAGAUCUAACGAAAUCUAUAGUUGUUCCACCAAACGUAUUAAAAAAUUAUUCAACUUCAGUUAAAACCAAUCUUAAGACAGUAAACGAUAAAACUGCUAGUUUGAGAGCUGUUCGCAUAAAAGCGCCCUCAGAAAGAAAUAAACCCUUGGCAGAAAAUAAACCUCAUACGAAAACUACCAAUGAACUAAAAGACUCUGCUUCAAUGACAGUCAAUGACACAGAAACUCAAUCAUGUUCAAAAACAACUGCAGAAAUGCAAAGCCCAAAUCUUUCAAAAUUAAUAGAACCUAUUUUAGCCCAAAAUUCCGUGAAUGCAAAUGCGCUUCUAAUCAUUAAACAAUUUCAAAAUAGUGAAAACGAAGACAUUAAAUCGUUAGCCUUGAAAAUAUCAUUUGCCAUUCAGCAAGCCGAAAUAAGCAGUACUCAGCACAAAAAAGCCAAAGCAGUUGCAUGUCCAACUGCGGUUGUUGCAGUAGAACCGCGUCCCAUAAAUUGUGCUAGUCAACAAUUACAACAGUGUAAAUCAAACCAACUAUCUGAAACGAGUAUCAAAAACAACCAGGAACAGGUUCAAGCAGUUAACCCGAUUGCAGAUACGAAAAAAGAUGAAAGUGAUACCCAAACUUCAACCAUACCUGAACAUGACGGUAUCGAAAUGCAGCAAGGUGCAAAAAAAGUAAAUGCUGAGGAUACUCAAAAUAUUUCAGUAUGUUCUAAUAAUUCUGAAUCACAAGGAACUUCAUCGCAAUUAUCUACCAUGGAUGUCACCAAUACCCCCGCGUUGAAAAACCCGGUAGACACCUUCAAUGGGUCUUUUGAUGAGGAUUCAGAUGAUGACAUUUCAUUAGCAAUAAUAGUUAAAAACCGGGAACAAUUGAAAAAUAAUAUGAGUGCCCUUUCAGAAAUGACAACUCCCGAUCAAGAUUUACUUAAAAAAGAAAACAUCAAGGACUCAUCAUCAAAAAGUAUAAUUAACAAUCUUCAUCCAGAAAAUUCUAAUGAAUCGGCAGAGUCAAAUUACGAGUAUACUCAAUCAAAACAAGAUGCAAGGCAUUACGAAAAUGAUAUUCAAGGUGAAAAUUCUGUCGAAGAUAAAGAAACUGCAAGAAAACAAUCAAUUAGAUCAUCCAGAAAAAGAAAAAAUGGUCAACACACCCCUGAAAAUGAACAAGUCGAAAUCACUGAGACUCAUGAAAAAAUAAAACGAACGAAUGAGGUGUCUGAAAAGGAAGCUUCUAAAAACAACAUUGUAAAUAAAUUUUUGUCUGACGAAGUGAUGAUACAAAAUACUGAACCAGUGUCGGCUCAACUAGCAGACAGAAAAUCGGUUACAUUGCCAAAUAUAAAUCACGAUGAAACUAAUAUACCUGAAAAUUAUGCGGCGCCUUGUCGAGCACUCGAUUCCAAAGUUAAACGAAUUGCGCACGUUCAUAAACAUAAACAUAGAAAAAGGAAAAGACAUAUUAAGACUAGUAAAACUACAAAAAAUGAAGAUAUGGAUAUUGCAGAAUGUUCACUGCCUUCAGACAGUAAAUUGAAAGAUGAAAACUUUUCAGAAACCAAUUUUAUAGAAAUUAAUACGCACCAAACCGGGAUUGAAAGUCACGGCCACAGUCACGAAAUCAGCAACUUAGAGGACCUAUCUGAACAUACUAAAACUGAUAAAAGGAGCAAGAAGUUACGCAAAAGCAAAUCAUUAGCAUUAGACAGCAUAGCACAGCAUAGCAGCAACAUAGCAUCAGUAGAUACUGAUAGUGAUUUAUGUUUGGACGAUGAUGAAAAUCAAGAUAAUCUAUUGCGCCGUAGUAGUAGGGGAAAAUCAAAUAAUGCAGAGAAUACAUUACACAUGCAGUACAGUAGCGAAAAUUAUGUACCCGAAGUUAUAUCUGAAAAUAAGCCUCCAAUAACAAAAAAACAAUUAAUUUUCUCUAAAAUGAUGCUUGAUGAAGACCAUCAAAUCGAACCGCAAGCACAUUCAACUCCCGAUAAAGAUUCUAAUCAAAUUGACGAAGUUUGCUUGAAUACUAAUAGGGAUAGUCCGGUUACUCCCGUCAGUUCCAAAACUUUAGAUCUACAUACAGAUAACAAACAUUCUCGCAAUCGGGAUACAAGUAGAGAAACAAAAUACAAAAAGUCUUUGCAAGCAAGACGCAAAUACGAUAAAAGGCGAUUCUUUGAUAUGGAUGAUGAAGACAUUGACACAGGCAAUACUGAAACUAUCAACAACGGUCCAAGGUCGAGAUUAUAUUCUGAAUGUUCUGUUAAUUCUGAAUCUACAAAUAAUACGUCGGAAAUAUUACCCAAGACCAAAAACAUAGAAAUUGAUAACUUUAAAGACAAUAAGCAGGAACAUGAAAAAUUGAGUGAAAAUGAUAACGAAUCAAAAGAAAUAAAAGAUGAAACUUAUCCUUUGGAAUCACUAAACAAAAAGUUAACUACGUCAGCAGAAAAAAGAAAACUCACUACUUCAGAAAGUGAUGAAUGUGAUAAUUUUUCGAAAAGAAAGAAAUUAAAAUCAUAUUCUAAAAAAGAACAAUAUGGGAAGGGAAAACCUUUACAUUGUCGAAGUAAAGAUAAAGUUUCUCUAGCUUCAGAAACUCGUACUACUUGUUACAUGCCACUUGCAGCGAGACGUACUCGAUCAAAAUCAGUACUUGUAAAAACAUCUUCAGAUGAUUUUGACCCGUAUGAUAUUGAUUUAGAUGACAUGAUAGAUACGGAAACCAGCCGGCCUAAAAAUAAACAAAAGGCUAAAAUAGAUUCUCAUAAAUGUAAUAACAAUAAAUCAUCGUCGGACCUCGCUAAGUCUUACGCUAAUAAAGUCAUAAAAACUAACAAAUGUAUAGAUUCCGGUGACAGAAAAUUCGAUAUUCGUUCCGAAGAUAAUGGAAGUGAUUCAGACGAUUCUUCUAAAAGUGAUGUACCGCUAAAAAAGUACAUCGAAGAAAAGGAAAGGAAAUCUUACCACUCAAACCCGAAAGUGACCAAGAAAACGUUUAAAGUUAAUCAACGUUCGACUAUUAAAGGCAAAAAUAAGUGUACAAAACCACGUAGACGUACAUUAGGAGCAUUUAACAAUGUUGUGAAACCGAAUAUCCCUGAUGACGCCGAUGAACGCCGAUCCGAACAGUUUAUGGAAAGUUUUGGAUUUUUUUCAGAAAGGAAACCACGUAAAUCCAACUUACUUGCUUCUAAAAAAAUAUCAGAAACAUUUCAUAUCAUUGCGAACGAUACUGACGACAGUUGUUAUGCGUCAAAGACCCGUACAAAUAAGCGUUCUCUUCAAAAUGAAAAUAAAAAAUCCAUUGAAGGACGAGGCGCCAAACCACGACGCCCCAUUAUUAAAAAGAAAAUUAUUCAGAACGUACCUCAAGUAAAAGAACCCGUUGUCGUACAACCCGUGCCUACAUACUGUAAGAUUUGUGAGAAACAAUUUCUUCGAUCUGAUAAUUAUUUGCGCCAUCAGAUGUCAUUGUUUCAUAUAUCAAAACUGUCAGAAAUUGAAAUGAAAAUGCAAACUAAACCAUAUUAUGAACAACCCAAUUACUUAGUAUUCUAUAAACGAGAAAUUGACAAACUUAAAAAAUUAACCAAAAAGUUACAACGUAAGAGAAAGAAGAACCCAAAAUAUUCAAAAAUCAAAUUACCCACUCUGGAUGAAAUCGUAGUGACAGUGCAAAAACUUGUAAGAGCUGAGAUACUGAAACAACCCCUUGAACAGCAACAACAGAUGCAACUACAACUGGCACAGAGGGGACUUAGCCGAGAUGAGGCACUUUUCUUAGAUUGCUGUCAGUUAUUGAAGUCUAAUAAUGAUUUAAAUAUUAUUAACUUAAACCUAGCCAACAUAAACCUAGCUAACGUAAACCUUGCAAACGUCAACCUUGCUAACUUAAACCUUGGCAACGUUAACUUUGCCAAUGUUAAUCUAGCCAACUUAAACCUUGCUAACAUUAACGUUGUUCCUAUUAAUAUUGCCCAAGCUGUACAAAUGAAUCCAGCAUACGUUGGCGCUGCUCCUGCAAAUGCCGGUUACAUAAGUGCUGCUCACGUGAAUGCCGGAUAUGUUGGAGCUGGCCAUGUCGACGUCGCAAAUGUGAACGUUGUCCAAGCUAACGCAGCUCAAGUUAAUGUUGGUCAAGCUAACACAGAUUACGUUAACGCUGGUCAAGCUAAUGCUUCUCACAUUGACGCUAACGUUGACAUUGAACCGAACGAUUUUGAAAAUGAUAUGCACAGUUAUGAGGGUCCAUCGAUCGUCAAGGAAUUUGAUUCAUUGGACAAACCUGCCCGUGGUGACGGUGAUGUAGAUUCUAUAACUGCUAAAAACAUACUAGACAGUGAAGAAGUCCGUAACUUGGAAAAAGAUUUAUUUUCAAAUUUCAAAGCAAAUGCAAGCUCGAGGCAAACGAAGGCUACUAUUCAACGAAGUAUUAGUGAUGUCGGACUUGAUCAAAUUGAUGACCGUGACGUUCAUCCUGCUUCUUGUAGUUCAAACUUGGACAAGUCUAAUAAUCAGGAAAUAAAAACCAACCGAGAACCUACUCCUCUAAAAGUUAAGGUUCCUGCCAUAAAAGAAAAAAUGUACCCUGAUGUUAUCGAAAAUAUUGACAUGUUUGAAGAUAAGUUCGAUAAGAUUAAAAGGAAGUGUCGAUCUCAAGCGGCAGCCGCCAAACAAGUACAAGUUCCUAUUGAUCAGCCAACCAUCAGUAACAAAGGGCGCAAAAAGCCUGAAAAGAAAAAGGCAAAACGAAAUACAAAAAAGAGCCAGAGUACUCAAGUGCUCACUAAAGGAGCGCUUAAAGGAUUUGAUGGUAUUAAAGUCUCUAUACCUACGUCCGAAAUUAAUAUGUCUGGCAUUGUCCCACCUGUAGCACAGCCUGUAAAUAAAAAGAAAAAGAAAACCUCUGUUAAAAAGAAAAAGUGUCGAGAACCUGAGGUGAGUGACAAGCAAAACACGCGCGAUACUAACGCUUCAACUGCACAGAAAAAUGUGGAUGUUUAUGAGUUUAUGGACAAUGAAGAUGAGAAAGAGGUGUUUGAAUUAAGACCAUCAACCCACGCAGAAAAAAAUAAAACCACUGAUAAUAAGGACGUACCACAACCUUCUACGUCAAAAACAAAUACCUACAACGAUGUUCCUGGAAAUUCAAGUGAAAGUGGAUCGGACGUAGACGAUUUCGUGUAUAUGUCAGACGAUUACAUGUGUAGUGAAGGUGAAUCAAGCUGUUUAUUAUCAUACGUCGGCGAUAAGAAAAACUUAUCUCCUUCAAAAAGGAGAGAUGCCCACGAAAAAAAUGCUGUAAUGGGCAGAAUAUUUAAACAUAAUGCAGUACGUAGUGAUAAAAAGAGCGUAAAAGUAAAAGAACCACCGAAACCUAAAGCUGACUUUGAUCAGUUGUUUGACAGCUUACUUGAAGACGAACCAAAUUCUUCCGCUUUGCAGAACGAUGGCGGAACUCCAAAAAAAGAUGAUUUUGCGAUGCCACAAAAUUAUGACAAACCUUCUAAACUUAGUAAAUACAAUGGCUCCCCUUCUAGAACAAGUGACAAUUCAUCUCCAUCAAACUUAAACAUUUCAUCUCCAAAUGAACAUUCGAUAGUUUCUCCAAAAGAAAAUAGCAGUUCUUCCAUCGUAGACUAUGGGCCAUCUACGUCAAAAACAUACGAUGACAUAUCUUCUUUGGUAGAUUAUGGACCUAGUACAUCUAAGAAAAAUGAUACCAUUUCUGUGAAAGAAUCCAAAACUGUUUCGCCAAAUGAAUAUGAGACCAAAACUUCGAAAAAGCAUAAUGCUCCACAAUAUUAUAAAUCUAGUAAACGUCGGGAUUCCACACCACUGAAAGACGAAGAAGUUUCUCAUAAGUCUCGUGAUUCAAAGAAAGAAAAAUCGCAAGAGAAGUCAAGUAAAUUAGAUGAAGGCAUCAGCACUAGUUACGAUCUUGACGCUGAUGCGUUUGAUCAAAGUAGUCAGUACGACGACACUGGAGUAGCGAGACAACGGGCGCGCCGUAAAUGCACAGUCGGAAAACAGAAUGUGCUCGCUGAGACUUGGAGUUCAGAGUCGGAGCCAGAUGGACUUCCGCCUAGACCCAAUAGCGCCGAAUCGGUUAUAUUAAACUCUGCUCGCAAGAAGAAAGGAAAGAAACGAGAUGGGCAGCAGUCAAGCUCACGACGUAACAAUCGUCACAUUUCAUUUAGGAAACACGAUAUCGAAGGCAGGAUGUCAAGUUCCAAUCGCAAUACGGUCUCUAAUAAUAGUUCUGGAGGUAACCGAGCUGGUAGCGACGACAGCAGCGCUAUCGACCUUUACGCGUCACCCACGCCAUCUACGUCGCACGGGUACACGUCGCACGCGCCCCGCUCGGGCUCGUCCGGCUCCAAGCCGCGCCCGCGCACCACCGCCUACGGCUGGUCGUCGGGAGACGAGGAGCAGCAUCAGCAGCAGCAGCAACAGCAGCAGGAACAUCUCCAGCUCCACGGCUGGAUAGUUGGUGAUAGCCACAAAAAGUUAGUUACGAUGUUAGCACACGCCAAGGGCCGUAAACGUAACAAUGAUGACAAACGUCAUCUCGUCGAUUAAGUUUAGAUUAUUAGAUUAUAUUAAUCUUGUAAAUAUACUGUACAUAAUAUUUCUAGUUCUUUAUAUGUCAUUUUUCAUGACAUUUUGACCAGAAAAACCCUAAAGCUAAAAUUUUAACUGAUUGAGUUAUGUAAAUAUUGUAUAUCUUAGUUGAAUUUUGAAUGAGUGCAACCCGGAUAUAAUUUAUGUUUGGAGCAACAUGUAGUGAAUUUGUUUAUAGCGAUUUGGAACUUAUUUUUAUCUUAUUGAUUUGACUGCAUCUAUGAAACAUUACCGACAUGGACAUUUUUAGUACAUACGAGUUCACUGUUGUAGUAUAUAUUAAUAUUUUGAUAAUUUAAUAGUGUAAUUCACGCGGAGUUAUCUUUAUAAAUAUUUGGUGACCUAAAGAAAUUCAUUAUCGCGCUUUGUUUACGACGUCAUGUUCGUACAUAAAGCGCGACGAAAUGUAAAAAUAUAAAAUCAAUUAACUGUUCUAGGUAAACAUACUAACGAUUGACUUGAAAUCAUAACAUCAAAUUGAGUUAAUCAUGAAAUCAUCAAAUUUGGCCAUAUAUAUGUGACGCUGACCUAGGAACUAAUUAUGAGAAUGAUAUGUAAGAAAUUUAUUGUUUAGUAUUAUUUAGUUUUUAUUUAUCGGUGAAUAUAAUAUGCUGCAUAUAAUUAAAUAGUUUCGGUCAGUCGAAUAUUGUUUAAUUAAUAUCAGUUAUUGAUUAUGUUUUGAAGAAAUAAGCAAAAAUGAAUUUGUUAUUACAGAGAAUUUCUUCUAAGUAUUUCUGUAAAAGUUAAAUAGUUAAUUAUCUAAUAUUAUAAGAUUAGUAAAGUGUAGUAUUUAGAUGUGUUUCAGAUAAACGCCGGAGGUUUCCAAACCAUCUUUUUAGUCGAUUUAAUAUUUGUACAUAUAUCACUUACAUGGAAUUUUAAACUAGUAUUAUACUUACACACUUUUGAAAUAAAUGUCAUUAUUACAUGUGCUUAGCGAACCUACAUUAUAUCGAUGUUUAUAAAUAAAUAAAUACUCAAUUAAAUAAUAUGUACAAAAUUGUAUUGACUAAAAAUGUCUUUGUCUAAUAGAUAAGGUGUUAUUAGUCAAAAUAAUUGCAGUUUCUAUCCGUAUAAAAGUAAUGUUCCUUCAUGAAUACAUAUAUGUUGUAUGUUAAUAUAAUAGUAGAUAUAUACUUUCAAAUUGAAUGUUUCAAGUAACUGAUUGUCUGCCGGACUGAAUGUCUUCACCCCGUAGUAGUCGAUGUAAGUAGUAUCCGUAGGAGGCUGGUAACGCGGUCUGAGUGAAUUGUGUAUCUUGAGUUGCGUAAUUAAUUUGUUAACUAUUUUUAUACAUUAGAUAUUUUUGAGUAGUCAUUGUUUUACAUAAUUGAGAAAUCUCAUGCAUUAGUUAAUGUUUUAUCUAGUCCAAUAAGGAAAGACUAAAAGCCCCAUUAUCAGCCUCGGAACUAUGUGAUGUUUUUCCCAACAUAAUAUUUGAAAGAAGACUUAUAAUUUUCACUAUAAUAUAUAGUAUAAUCACACAAGUAUUGUCUUUAGCUUGUGUUUAGUAAUUGGAUAAAUAAAUAGUUUGUGUUUUACUCGAUGGAAGUGAGUUUAAAUUCUUGAAAUAAAGCUCAAUGUCGAAAG